CAAUAAACUUUUUCAUAGUGGUAAUAUAAACGACUGGCAAAAUGAGUGGGACUACGUCCCUGCCAAUUAUGCCUCGGCAUCCGGGACCGCCCAGUUUGUCCGCUAACCACCGAGACACAUUUUCCAUAUCACAUCGGUCAGUUGGUCCACAUUCCACGAUAAGUGGCCCACCACACAUCGGUGGCACUUCUGCUUCGACACCAACUUCAAGAUUGAGUAUCAAGGACAGCUCACAAAUAAUGGCAAAAAAUGUUCUCUUCUAUCGAAGUGGAGAUACGAAUUUUCAGUCUUUCAAGGUGGCAGUAACGAAGAGGAACUUUCGUACAUUCGAUUCACUUCUCGAGAAUCUUUCAGAAAAGGUCUCUCUUCCGUUCGGCGUUCGCACAAUCAGCACACCGAAUGGAACUCACGGAAUAAGCAGACUUGAUGAACUGGAGGACGGAAAAGCAUAUAUAUGUUCUGAUAGAAAAACAGUCAAACCUCUAAAUCUGAAUUUGAAGCGAAAAAACAGACCACCCUGGUUCAUAAGCAAACCUAAGACUCGCACCCGACGUGUUCCAACUCUUGCGAGGAGGUCCAGCCAGACAAGCCCAGAGACAAGUUUACCUCCAAGAUAUCAACAAGUAAAAACACCAAAGAAAGUCGUCAUUGUAAAGAAUGGCGAUCCUUCAUUCAGGCAUAUCAUUCUCCUUAGUCGCCGAACUCAUCAAAAUUUUGACCAAAUUCUAGAAGACGUUGCCGACAUUUUUCGAAUAAAACAACAUCAUUUAUAUUCAUGCGAAGGACGAAAGAUCGAGAGCCUGCAAGAGCUGUUCGCCAAUGGAAAUGUAUUCGUACUUGCCGGAAAGGAAUCGUUUAUCCCAAUGGAAUACCGGAUGAAACGCGGAGCCAAUGCACAAUCAAAGUCAGGCAGCUCGGCAGAAAACACUAACGCGGUGGAUUCAGCGAGGAUGCCUAAAGAAUUGAAACGUACAAAGGGAAGAUGGCGCGUCACCGUAACGACGAGUGAACUUCCAGCUGCUGGUACCGAUUCUCGAGUCCUACUUACGGUCUAUGGAGCAAAAGGGAACUCUGGAGCAAUACCCUUGAAUCAUAACAAUGUUACUGGAACCAGUACUAUUGUAAAUAGGGACAAAUCGAAAAAGUUGUUUAUGAGUGGAAAUGAAGAUGAAUUCGUGGUGAACGUCGGGUUCAUUUCUGAUAUAAGAAAAAUCAGGAUCAGUCAUGAUAACAGUGGAAAAUCAUCACCGGGAUGGCUUUGCGAAGAAGUUAUUUUGUCCGAUUUAACAACCGGGGAAGUCAUGACAUUUCCUUUUAACAGGUGGUUGUCACGCGACGAAGAUGAUGGUGAAAUAUGCAGAGAACUUCCUGCAACAGCUCAGAAUGAACAUUCGCCUCCAGUUCUGCGAUACAUCGUCUCUGUUCAUACUGGAGAUCUCUGGAAUGCUGGUACAGAAGCAAAUGUCUACAUUACUCUAUAUGGAACAUUAGGUGACUCAGGAUCAAGACUGCUUCAAGUCAAUGGCAAACCCAAGCAAUUGCAUAAAGGAUCGAAUGAUGUUUUUCGGUUCGAAGCUGUUGAUCUCGGAACACUGCAACGUCUUGUAGUUGGACAUGAUGGAGCUGGUCCGGGUGCUGGCUGGUACCUCGAAAGGAUAAUAGUUAGGGAAGACAGAGUCGGAUCAGACGAAUAUAUUUUUCACUGUGAUCGCUGGUUGGAUGAAUCACAAGAUGACAGAAAGAUUGUCAGAGAAAUAUUUGUUGAAACUAAAGCAUCACAUUCUCGUCUUCGUAAUCAUAAUGAAAAAUCAAGAGAAUUGGAACUCUGGGAUCAAGAGAAAUGGAAAUUCCAGAAAGGAAAUCAGAUCAUGUUAAUAAGUAAAGCAACUGGACGAUCUAUUCGAACAAAACCUGAUGGAUCAGUAGAUGGCCUAGGAGUUGUUUCACAUCCAUUUGAUUUAGUCAAGAUAAAAGAAUCAGACCUAGGUGUUUAUGAAGUGAUAAAACGUCGCGGAACAAUUCGAUCAUUUUGUAGUGCUUCGACACCAGCCUAUCAUCUUGCCAUUGACCAGAAUAGAUUACUGGGACAGGGAAAAGGUGGUACAUUCUGUGAAUUUGUCAUAAAAGUUCAACCUGACAGAUCUGUGAUGCUUGAAUCUUGCCGAUAUCCUGGUCAUUAUAUCAGUAUUGAUCCGAGCGGUAAACCUGCUGACACUAGAGGGCAUCCCAACACUACUGGGCGUUUAUUUAAUGUAUACGUCAAGGGAUGUUUCCGAAACAAUUCAAUAAUCAUAUUCAACACAAGUCCCACUCAAGCUUUAGUCGUGACGGGGGUGGGUGAUGUAGUCGGAACUGGAAAGAGAGGGGAUAUAACAAGUGAUAUGAAAACUGCUGCGAAAUCUCCCAAUGUCUCAGUUCCACCACAAUGGGCAAAUUUUCGUGUCAUAAAGGUGGCGGAAGGCGUGAGAAUGUUUCAAUGCGAGAAGAAUCCCAGAAGAUAUUUAAGAAUAAAAGAUGGCCAAUGUGAUGGAUUGGGCAGUGGAGAUGUUUACUGCCAUUUCAAGGUUCAAAAAUACAAACAAGGAGCCUAUGUUACUCUGCAGUCAAUGAAACACAGGGGUGUGUUCGUUGGAUUAAGUUCAAAUGGCAAAGCAAGACCAACUGUCGACACAGGCGACAGCAACACACAAUUCUUUCCUGAAGUGAUUAAAUUUGGAGAAAAGAAAAAAUUAGACGCUCACCAAUACCGAACACCUGAACCUUCUUUCGUUACCGAAGAACAAUUUGUGAAUAACAAAGGGAAAACACCUGCUAUUAGUGAGAUAUCACCCAUCAGUAGAAAUCAACAACAAAAACAAAUGGCAAUUAUAAGGAGCAGAGAAUUUGGAAGCCCAGGGCCAAAUGAAGGUGAUUAUAGAAUUUAUGUUACAACUGGCAACUCUGGAACAAAAGAAGUUGUUACGAUAACUGCUUAUGGAGAUAAAGGAAGAUCUGGAAAUAUUACUUUAGGUAAAGGAAGUGACAAAGGUGUUUUUCAAUGUGGACAAACAGACGAAUUUGAAGCAAAUUUUUCGUCAAUUGGACGCUUAUAUAAAAUAAGAAUUGGUGUUGAAGAAGCUUCUUCUAACUGUGAUUGGAGACUAAAACAGGUCAAAAUGAAAGACAUGACAUCAAAUGAAAUAUUUCGAUUUAAAUUCAAUCGCUGGAUUUCUCGUAGCAAAGACGAUGGUGACACACUUCGAGAACGACCUGUCAUAAUUGAAGGAACUGAUGGAGAAUUGGAAAUGCAUCGAUACCACAUUCAAGUACGAACCGCAAAGAAUUCUUCUUCAUUUUCAAGUAAAAAACCUCCAAUUAUAUACUUGUGCUUGUUUGGUGAAAAAGGUGAUUUCGGAAGAAGAUUGUUACAAAAGAGAAGCUUUGUUAGGAAUGAGGUUUCUAAAGAUACAUCGAGAAAGCCGUUUAUGCCAAACCAAAAUGAUGUUUUUGAAAUUGAAGCAGUUUCUCUCGGAACCUUGACUAAAUGUGCACUCUCAUGUCCAACAUCACUCCGUAACUCGUCAAAACUAACGUCAACAAGUUCUUAUCCUGCAUGGUUAUGUGAUGAAAUUAUUGUCAGAGAAUCAGAAGGAGCUAGUACAGAAUAUGUAUUCACUUGUAAAAAAUGGCUUGGAUUGAAGAAAGCUGGUUCUCAUGCAACAAUAAAUUUAUCUUUGUCUGAGGUUCGUGAUGUUAAACAAUCAUCAUCUGAUGAAGCUGAUUUUAAAGAUGGAGACUGGAAACUUUGUGUUAAAACGGGAACUCAUCCUGAUGCCGGAACAUCGGCUAAAGUUAUUUUUUACGCUUGCGGAUCUGAUGGUUCAAAUUCUGGGGAUGUUAUUUUGCAAAGUGAAACAGAUGAGAUAUUUGAACCUGGUAAAACUGGAAAAUUUAAGGUUGCUCUGAAUGAGGUUAACGAUCUUUUCAAAGUUCGGAUUGGUCAUGAUGCGAAGGGAACAAAUUCAGCUUGGUUUGUUGAAAACCUAAAACUGUCUGAUCCUCAUAAUGGUAUUUCACAUACAUUAUUAGUCAAUAAAUGGCUUGCUGCUGACAAAGAAAGUUACCAAGUAUUUACUGAAGUGCCUAUUCCCAGGCCUGGAGUGGAACCUUUGCCAGUUUUGAAAUAUCAAGUUAUGGUAUACACUGGAAGCAUCUUAGGAAGUGAUACAGAUGCUAAUGUUUAUAUUACUGUUCAUGGUGCUAAUGGUGAUUCUGGAGUAAGACCAUUAAUUAAGUCAAAAACAAAUGAUAUCAAGUUUCAGGAAUCGCAGAUGGAUGUCUUUGACCUUGAUGCCGUUACUCUUGGAGAAUUGAAAAAAAUCAAGAUAGGACAUGAUGGUAUUGGACAUGGAAAUGGAUGGUUUUUACAUAAAGUUGUUAUCAAAGAAUCGGAGUCAUCAAACAAAGAAUAUGUCUUCUUUUGUAAUAGAUGGCUUGACGAUGGACAAGAUGACGGCAAAAUUGAACGUGAGAUCCCAGUGAAACUCGAAGAAGACAUAGUCGAAGAUAAAGUAUCAGACGGAGAAUAUCGUGUUCUCAUUACCACUGGUGUACAAUCAACUAUGAAGUCUUGCCCCGAUGAUGCAAAAGUUACCAUGGUGAUAUACGGAGAUGAAGGGAAAACUGGGGAGAUUGCCAUCCAGUCUCUUCUCUCUGGUCGAGAUUCGAGCAUGAGACGAAAAUCUCGAAGUAAAAGUCAAAAUGGAUUGAGAAUAUCUGGAGAUAUAACCAACUGCUUCAGACCUGGACAGACCGAUGAAUGCAAAAUUGAUAUUCCUGAAAUCGGCCCAAUAUACAAGAUUCGAGUAUCGUAUAACCACUUGUGUUCUUGGUCAUCGUGGUUUUUGGAAAAAAUUGUUCUGGAAGAUAUUGCAAGCAAAAAACAGCUGAUAUUCCCUUGCAACAGAUGGCUUUCCACCGCUGAUGAUGAUCAAGAAACUGUUCGAGAGAUUGCUGUUGUGAGUGAUGGACAUGAGACAUUGAAAACCAUAUUAUACAAUGUUACUAUCUACACUGGAGAUCGCCAUGGUGCUGAUACUGAUGCAAAUAUUUAUGCUCUCAUCCGAGGCGACAGGGGUGAUUCUGGUCGUCGAUAUUUUAAAAGCAAUUCAUCAGAUAGUGCUUCAUUUCAGCGAGGUGGAAUUGAUAUGUUCACGAUUGAAGCUGUUGAUCUUGGUAGACUUGUUGAAUUAGUUAUUGGGCACGAUGGAGAAGGAUAUGGUGCUGGAUGGUAUGUUGAAAAGGUUACAGUUCGUGCUGGCGAAUUUGCUCCUUCUGAAUGGGUGUUUCCUUGUAAUGCUUGGCUUGAUGACCAUAUCGGAGAUCUCAAAAUAUCAAGACGGCUGUUUCCAGUUGGCGUGAUGGUUCUUGAUUCUCAUGAAGAGGAACUUGAGGGGCUUGGAACUCUUUCAAGUCGAGAAGGUGGACAUGAUGGUUUAUGGGAAGUGAAUGUUUCUGUGAGUGAGGUGGCUACAGAGGAUAUCAAUCGCAUCCAUCUUACUGGAGUUUUUUAUGGAACGAAUGGACUUCGAAAAUCAGAUAUUAUAUCAUUAGGAGAAUGGAGUACUGGAGGAAGAAAGAAGAUGAAAACUCAGAUUAACUUGAAAGAAAUUGGAGAAAUAUUUAAGAUUAGAGUUGGAAUACCAGACUACAAUACCUCAGCCAAUCUGUUUCUUGAGAAUAUUUCUCUUCAAAACACUCGAACAAAAGAACAAAUACAGUUUGCAUUUCAUACACAACUUCAUUCAGAGAGUGGAUCUACUACGAAGGAACUUCCAGUGAUAAAACCACAGAAACCUCUGUCCAAGGUCACCCGCUACCUCAUUGAUGUUGUAAUGUCACCAGCAUCAACCAAUCUCGUUCCAACUGGAAAAUUGCAAAUGAAUUUAUUUGGAGAAUCUGGGGAUUCAGGUUACAGGACAUUUAUCUCAGGGACUCAAAGUUUCCAUGCAACCGAACAAAAGGAUGGAUAUCUGUUCAAACUUGAUUCUGUAGAUCUUGGUAGACUUUCGUCUGUUGGAGUCAUGUACGAAUCAGAGGAACAAGAUAAAAGUGAUGGUUGGACUCUUCAGACUAUUUCCAUCAGCAUUGAAGAUCAUCCAAGUUCUAGUGCUGUUGCUUCCAUUAACUCAAUGAUAUAUAAAUCUGAAGUUGAUCACAUAUUCAAAACAACAACAUCAGAAGAGCGCAUUGAAAAAAUAUUUGAGCUUUCUGAAGAUCUGUUGGAUAAAUCAAGCCCUUAUUCAAUAAAGCCGUCAUCAAAUCAAUUGGACAUGUCUGGACCAAAACAAGCACAAAGGAGUUCGGAGGGAGUGUGGAAUCUUACACUUUAUUAUUCACAGGAUGACAAAGAAGCACAUGAAGAUUCAGAUGAAAUUAUUAUGAUUCAGAACUUAGAAAAAAAUAAAGUUACGGUACAAGUAUUUGGAACCAGAAAUUCAUCAGAAAAUCUACAUUUAUCUGCUUUGAAUCCACAAAGAAAGAAAGCAAUAAAACAAGAUAUGAAAAUUGUAGAAACUUGUCUUCUGCUUGGAUCGGAUAUGGGAACACUGUAUUUAGUGCGGCUUGGUUGCAAACAAUGGGAUCCUAAUUUGAACAAGAUUAAACUUAAAGAUCUUCAUACCAAGCAAGAAUUUUUGUUCAAUGUGUCUGAAAAUCAACACAAGAAAAUGGAGAAUACGAAAAUUAAUGGGCAUAUUUUCCAUUUUGACAUUCCACUUGUAAGACCAGAUGUUCCUCCACUUGAACAUCACACUUAUAAACUCCAGCUUCACACUGGCAACCUACCAGCUGCAAACACUGAUGCAGAUGUAUGGGUGAAUUUAUAUGGUACUCAUGGUGAUACUGGUCUCAGAAAAGUAAGCUCUGGUAAAUGGGACUCUUUCAAAAAGGGAAGUCAAGAAACUGUAACUAUAGAAACGGUUGAUGUUGGUGAACCACGAAAAAUUUCUGUCAACCAUAAUGGCAGUGGACUAGGUGCUGGAUGGUUCUUGGAAGAUGUCUCAAUACAAGAGGAAAGAAAUGAAAAGAAAUCUGACUUUGUAUUCCAAUGCAACAAAUGGUUGGAUGAAGGCGUGGAUGAAAAAGUGAUUCAAAAAGAUUUAUAUCUUACUGGAGUUAAAUUUCACUACCCAAGUAAUUUCUUGAGAAUGUCAAAAGGAUCAUGGAAUUGUAGAUUAAAGGCAAAGGAUCAUGUUGAUGAUGAAAGGGACGAACCUCUCAUUGCUAAAAUAGCAUUCUAUCUGAAACGCCAAGGAGAUACAACUGUGACAAUCUACAAAACUUGUAAAUUUGAAACCAGUGAAAGAGAAUUCGAAGUUGUCUUCCCAGAUGAUGAGCAGGAACAAACUGAUGACUAUAUCAGUAAUUCUGCCGAGGGAAUCAGAGAUGAUGGAUUUUAUAAAAUACGAAUAGAAGUCAAUGAAAAUGGGAAUGAGACAAGAGACUGGCCUUUUGAAGAGUUGUUAAUGGCAGAUCUUGACUCCAGAGAAAAACUUCAUUUCGUUUUUGACGAAGCUCCAGUUUGGGAAGGCAGUAAUCGAAAUACUGUACGUGAAUUACCAGUCAUGCGAGUCAGAAAACCUCCUCUUAAAAUGUAUGACUACUACAUCAUGUUCUUCACUGCGAGUGAUUCUAUUGCACAUUCUAACCACAACAUGAAAGUUGACGUAAUGUUAUCUGGAGAAAAUGGUGACACAGGAUGGCGACAUCUGCACAAAAAAUCGAAUGGUGACACAGGUGCCAUGUUCCAACCAGGUAAAAUGGAAAUGCUUUUUGCUGAAGCUGUUGAUUUAGGUGAAAAAGUGAAAAGCGUGUCCCUUCGUGUUGGAGAGAAAAAUGUCAAAUGGAAACUUGACAGAAUCAAAGUAAAGAAAGGAUUUUUCUCGAAAGAGGAAUUCACUUUUGAAUAUGGAAGGUGGAUUGAACCCUCGUCAGCACCAAACAAUGAAAUCAAACUGGAUUUGACAAGCACAAUUUUAUCAGCUUACCCGCCUUUAAGUCGUCGAAGCUCACCUAAUGAUGAUGUUGUGGAAACUUAUGACAUUCAUACCAUUUUGAACAUUGUCAGUGAUGUUAAAGAAGCAAACAAAGAGAAUUCCGAUUUGAAAAAUCACUUGCCACGACUUGCUCUUAAGUUGUAUGGCACUAAAAAUUCUAGCGAUCUUCAAUUUUUUGAAGAUAAUGUAUCAAAAGCAGAAGACCAUUACGCAGCUAAUAUUGAGAUCUUGCCGUCUUCUACUCUUGAAAAUUUACACAAAAUAGGAUUUGGAAUUGAAAGUUUUGAAGGUAGUCGAUUGGAUUCAUUGAAGAACAUUCAAAAAAUAUCUCUACUCAAAUUAACAAUCAAAAACAGGAAAACCAACGAAUAUUUCAGUUUCUCUCCUGGCAAAACAUUAUUUGAAAAUGCUGCUAUCACCAAUGGGGGAAAAUCAACAGAAUCUGGUACAAACUGGUUAGAACUGGUUCCAGCCCGUCCAAAGCAAAAUGAUUCUAAGAUUCCAUCCAUUGUUGACUUUGACAUCACAAUCAAAACAGGGAAUCAGGAUGAGGCAGGGACAACUGCCAAUGUUUACAUAAUACUUCACGGCGAACAGAAAGGCAAUUCAACAGAUAGCGGGAAACGUUGGUUACUGUGUCAUCCAAAUGAACAACGAUUUGCCAAAGGUUCAGAAUCUAAGUUCAUUAUCAAAGGUGUGGACUUGGGUGACCUGAAACAGGUUACGGUUGGACAUGAUGGCAAUGAUGCGAAGCUAGGAUGGUUUUUGGACAGUAUCAAUGUGAAGCCGUCAAACUCUGCAAUGACUUAUGUGUUUUUGUGUAGAAAGUGGCUUGCAAAUCUGGAAGAUGAUACUUUCAUUGAACGAACAUUAGAGUUACAUGAUGUACGAUCACCAGAGACCAUUCCAAAGCGGCCAAUAUCAACUCAAGGAAUUAAUUCCGAUCAUGAUGAUGAACCAAACACUAGCUCUAGAAUCCCAACAACAGACACACUCCAUGGAUCAUCAAAAAGCGGAGAAAAUAGUCCAAGAGAUGGUGACGCUGUAUGAAGUGCCGGUAACAGUAUAUAAAUAAUGUAAAACAAGAAAAUGUAUGCAUUGUACUAAGAUAAGGACCGAUUCUGGUAGUUUAUUGAACCAUAUGAAUUAUCUGUUCCAGUAUAUUCUGAAGCUCAGAAUACAAUUUGCCAGUAUGAAUCUUAUUGUAUUCUUUUCGUUACCGGUACGGCUGAUAUUUCUCUUGAUACCGGUAUCCGUAAAGCAUUGGUACCGGUAUUCCUAUCUAUUAGUACCUAUAAGUUUACCCAUUCUCUGCCACAUAUUUGUUACUUGAACGAAGUGUUUUUACCCAAUAGCCAAUUUUGGUUUUUCGUGACUCCCCCCCUAGUGGUAAAAAUAGUGUUUUAUCAUGCUGUUUGGAUAUACAAUUUCUAACUCCGUUGCUAUUUUUAUCUGGUGAUAAGAUCCAUGGCGGAUUACUGAAAGUCACUCAGUCAAUUCAUUUCUUUGAUUUAUCAAGAUAAGAAGUAUCGGAAAAAUAUGUGUUAAUCAACAUAUUCGUUUUUAUUCAAUAAUACAAUAGCAUUGCUAUUCUGUUUUUAAUUUCUUUUUAUUAAUCAUAUUAUAUUAUAUAUAUUUAUGUAUAACAUUACUGAGUAUUCUUUUAUAUUGUUAUAAUUACAAAGCGAUAAAAUCAGUGUUAAUUGGUCGCCAGUUGGUUUUAUAAGCAUUAUUUUUUAAAACUCAACCCUAAUGAGAAAUUCGACACAAACCUCACUUUGACGAAAAACUGACUGGUUGCACGACAAUAAAAGUUUCCUCUGUCUGUCCCUAGUGUUGAUAGUGGCUGUAUGGUACCGUGGCUCCAGUGGCACUUUCCUAUUUGAAUGACGACAAUCUGAAUGUAAAAAUGUUCCAUUUUGUUUUGUUCGAUCAUGCUUGAUCCACUCAUUAUGUUUGCUUAUACCAUGACUCUACAGUUAGUGCGUUUAAAAAUGGCCGUGCAUGAUACAUGACUAAGUUUUAUUACUUGAAUAAUUCGAAUAAUAAAACUUAAUUUUUUCUU